GCUGUGCUCGGACCAGAGACGCUCCAUAUCGCGAAUAUCAGAUUAGGAUAAAAAAGAUGACGCCUAUGCCCCGAUGGGUGUUGCUGGCGUUGCUGUUGGCAGGCGCCGAGGCGCGUCCGCACGAGGACGCAUGCGCCCGUCUGUGCCUAGCACGGGAUAGGAGCCUGGAGGUUACGGGAGUUUGCGACCACCGGCAGAGACUCGUCCUUCAGUCCACCGGAGGCCGGUACCCGACCCAGCGCCUCCUCGGGCUCUGCCUGACCCCGUGCAACGGUCCAGGAAACGAUCCCCUGCGCUUCGACGACUCUCAGACCUGUCGCGUAUUCAGGGAGUCGAUGAUCCGUCGACGCGGUUGUUCCUGCCACGGGACCUGGACCCUCGAAACGGAGGACGCACGGUUGGACGUAUCGUUCCAGGAUUCCUACAGUCGCGAUUCGGUGGACGAACGAUCGAGCAUGUCGAAGGCUGCAGCUCUCAUCGAAGUCGAGAAGGAUCAUAGAAGCAGACAUAAGAUGCAGUCGUCUGGGUUAAUCGAGGACGUUCGGUUGAACAACGAAGACUGGGAGAGCUCCGUGGACGUUGGAGUCUCGAACCUGGAUGCUCCCGCCAAAGUCGACUCAACGGAGGACCCCGUCGACUGGGACCUGUGGUGCAUGGCUCAGUGUGACAACGGCCACGGCGGUACCGCCUGCAACUGUGACCUUAUACCUUGAGCAGGACGAAGAAGAGCCGGGCGAUGGGGGACAGGCACGAAUCGACAUAUCUCGUAGGUUAGCCCUCCGGUUAGCGCGUAAGGUUAGUUUUACUGGGUAAACGUUCCGUUUCUCCUCUACCUUUUCAUCCCCCGUCGCAUGUUCCUCGCGAAUGUCUCGUCGAUGGCACGCGAUCGAGAAAAUACACGUUGGUAGUUUAAUCGCUUUUAGGCUUAAGAGUUCUCUACGCAAGGUCCGGUUCACGCGCUCCGACGCACGGGCCGGGUAAAAGGCUCGCGACGAAUUAUCGUAGAGGUGGACGCGUUUCUCGCGUUUAUUCCGAUUGAGGCGUGUGAACGGGACACCGACGUGCAAUGUGUGUAUUAUGCAAUAAACGAUAUUUCUACGUGGACGCGAUGCGACGUUGAACGUGCAUCGACGCGGUCUGCGUACGCCUAGUUCUUUAUGGUCGAUUGUAUCAUAGGAGCCACGAUCAGCGCGUACUUAACGAACGUUAGCGUUUAAGUUAGCUGUCCGAGGGACGCGAACGAAAUCCAUGUCUUCCAUUUCCGUAGACUGCUGCUCAGCGUGCGAUCGAGGAUCUUGUACGUGUUGCCUGAGACGCGAAUUAGGGCCCGAGCACGCGAGUAUCGAUAGUUAUCGCGUGUUAGUCGGUGACAGCGUCGAUCGCCGCGUGGACGAUCGACGAUCGGUGUAGAAACGAUGCUGCUGUUCGUUUAUUUAUAGCGUGCCGUUAAAAAAUGUUGUGACGCGACAAUAAGACGUAGAUUUUAGUAUGCCUUGCGCGAUGCAACCUCGUCCUUCGCGCACUUUCGACCCUCCAUUCGUCUAUUAAACGUUUUCCCAAUAUCAACGAUGACACACCGAGAACGGAAGAAUCGAGCAGUUUUUACUUUUCCCGUGAACAUUUGUCUGCCCAUCGAAACUACAUGAACUCGUCGAAAGUGUGCGAAUGACCACGACUUCAGCGGAUCAUUAUCUGGGCUAUAGAUGUAAGUGAACUUGCUUUGUAAAUAUUUACACGAAUAAGGUCUACGAUUGGAGAUCCUAUAUCAAUUAGCGAUCAUAUCGAGGAAUCGAAACGGGGUACCAAUUUACAAGCGUAGGAAUUAAUCUCUGGGCUAUAUUCGCUGUUAACAUUACUCUAUCGUACAUCUUAUACACACGUAAUCGUAAGGGAUGUGUGGUUGCUGCCGGUAAGCAGUCAUACGAAUAACGAAACUAUCGAUUGUAUUGAAAAUAUUGUACUCGGAAAUCUAUGGGUGGAAAAUGUAUAAGCUCUUCCCGUGCCCUCAACUUAUAUCCGUGAACUGUCUUUAUUAAUACUGUGAACCUUACAGAUAUAUAUUUGUAUUAUUUACGUUUACGAUUGUAAAUUAUGUAUAUAUACGAUAUAAGCAACCGAUAUUCGCAUUAUGUUUUUGUCAUACGAUAA